ACCAGAUAUGAUUCACCCAUACAGAUUAGUAUGAACUACAUCGUCCGUGCGAUACAAAAUAUUUUCAUCUGAAACACGCCAAAAACAUUAAUCGAGACAGAUUUUAAAAUAUUAAUUGUAAUCCGAUUAAAUUUCAUUUUCUAUAUUACAAAUGAGGAUCAUGGAGUUUCUUUAGUGCGAAUUUUUUGUGAUUUUUUUUUUGUUUGUAAUGUGAUUGGUGGAUUUAUUGUGAUUUGUUUUUAAAGAUCGGUCGCAAAAUGAGUUUGGCCAGGAAAAAUUUGGAUAAAGAUGCUGUUAGAGCCGGUAAUGCCGGUAAUGCUAAAGACAGCCCGUGUUACUUCUGCAAUGAAUUAUUCGAGAUGGGACAUCUUCAGAAUCACUUGAAGCAGUGCGGCAGUAUUCUGGAACAAUGCCCGCUGCGAUGUGGCGCGUGGAUCCAGAGGAAACACAAGGAGACCCACGUCAAGGACUGCCCGCAAAUGGAGAAGACUCGUACGGCCACGUCACCGACGCACGCGCGUCAGCCGGAGCCGGUGCCGCCGCCCACGUCAGGCCACACGUGGGCGCCUAGGGCUGUACCACUGGACGACUGCGUGUCUUACCUGGAGAAGGAAGUCGCUAACAUCAAAUUAGUUCUUACGGAGGAAUCCAGCCGGCGUGACAUUCAAUCCACCGAGCUAGAAACACUUCGCUCUAAACUAGUCCUGGUGGAGGAGCAGAAUCAACACUUCCUGUCCAAUCUGGUCUCGCUGCGGGGGACGGUGGACGACGAGGCGGAGAGAGCUGCCAAUUGGGCCGCGCAGUUCAAACACGACUUAGCAAAUGUGCAACUAGCAUUGCAGGAGUUGCAGAGCCAGCAGUUGUCUACUGUGAUGAGGCUGGAGAGUGCGGUGAGCAGCCUGGUGCACGAGCAGCAGGAGAGGGAGCUGCUGGAGCAAGCCCUCACGCAGCACGACCACAGAAUACGAGCGGUCAACAAACUCGAGGAAGUAAUAGAAUACAUAAAGAGGAGUGUGGAAGAGGAGCGGGAGAGGAAUGCGGAACAGCGGGCGGCCCUCGAGGCCGAGCUGGCGGAGGCGCGGCGGUCCUCGGAGCAGCUGAUGCAGCUGUCCGCGCUGCGGCUGCAGCUGCAGGACGCCGCCGCCGACAGGCCGCCCCUGGACCGGCUGUCCGUGUUGGAGGUGGCGACGGCGACGGCGCGCGCGGAGGCGGCCGAGCACGCGGCGCGCGCGGACGUGCUCGCGCGGGACCUGCGCGCGCUCACCAAGUCGUACCUCAAGAUGCGCAACGAACUCGCCGACUUCCAGGCAAGAGUCAACUUCGACAGCCACGAGACCGGCAGCGACGACGGUCGGUUCAUAUGGCGGAUAGACAAUUUCACAGCACGAAUGAAGGACGCCAAAGAGAACGACACGAUAUUGACCAGUCCUCUGUUCCGCACCAGUAAAUAUGGAUACACACUAAAGGCGGAGUUGCACCUGAACGGUAUCGGCAAGUGGCGCGGGCGGCACGUGACGUGCACGGUGCGCGCGGUGGGCGGGCCGUACGACGCGCUGCUGCCGUGGCCGUGCGACAUCAGCGUCAACAUCGCCCUCAAGGACCAGCCAGCCAACAGGAACCAGGCAAUGGACAUAGUGAAGUCCCUCCAACUGAGGCGGAAAUCGUCAUCGAAGAGACACGACUACGACUCGACCGACCAGGAGCCCGAGAGGACUCGGUCGACCGACACGUUGGAGACAGCGCGGUCCACAGAAAACUUGGACAAGAACAUCCUGCAACUGAAGAGGCAGUACAUCUUCAUACCGCACACUAGCUUAGACAAAUUCGAAUACAUCAAGAAUGACGUAAUGUUCCUAGAGUUUGUGACUGGGAAAUGAAGUUCAAGUAGCUAUCGAAUGGUCAGAUUUUCAUUUCGUUAUUCCCAUGCCCAGAGGCGAAGUUGUUUCUGCUUUAGACCGGACAAUAGCAGUUCAGAAUAUAUAUAUAUUCAGAAUAUAGCCAGUUGC